GCACCUCCGCGGGGUGGAUUUAAAAGGCUCAGGUGCUGCAGAGGGAAGCGCUGCUGCCUUCCGCGGGGCUGGCGGCUGAGCCGCUGACGGUCUCCUGCUGAGGGGCUGUCGCCUGAGGGUCGCCUGUGGCCGCUGGAGGCUGGUUUUGGAAACGCUGCGACCCCUGAGAAGCGCCGGGAGCCUGUCAUGAGAAAGGGAGGCGGACGUGCCAAGGAAAACGUCAGACAAGAGAGAAAAAGAAACUACAUCUGGAAAAGAUGGGUUGCAACUAUUUCUGGGCUUGAAAUACCCUAAUGAUCUUCUUGAAUGGAGGAAUUUUAAAUUUGAUACUCUGAACUCCAGGAAGACAACAGCUUCUUUGUGGUACACUGGACGAGAUGAAUCACACAAAUUUCACCUCGGAAGCCAAUAUGACUUUUGCAUCCAAAACAGUGACUGAAAACAUACUAAUCACCCUGACUCUGUCCAUAAUCACCAUCUUAACAAUGCUGCUGAAUUCUUCGGUCAUUUCAGCAAUUUGCACAACGAAAAAGCUCCACCAGCCGGCAAACUAUUUAAUAUGCUCCCUGGCUGUUACAGACUUACUUGUUGCCAUUUUGGUCAUGCCCUUGAGUAUUACAUACAUCAUAAUGGAAAAGUGGACUUUGGGCCAUUUCCUCUGUGAAAUUUGGCUGAGUAUCGACAUGACCUGCUGCACAUGCUCAAUACUUCACCUUUGUGUCAUUGCGCUUGAUAGAUACUGGGCAAUCACUGAUGCUAUUAAAUAUGCCCGGAAAAGAACUGCAAAGAGAGCUGUCGUCAUGAUCAUCAUUGUGUGGACUAUCUCAGUUUUCAUUUCCAUGCCUCCUUUGUUUUGGAGAAACCAGCACACUUACAGCAAUUCCACUGAUUGCCAGAUCCAACACAGCCAUGUUAUCUAUACCAUUUACUCUACAUUUGGAGCAUUUUACAUCCCUUUGACGCUCAUACUGAUUCUCUACUACAGAAUUUAUCAUGCUGCAAAGAGCCUUUACCAAAAACGUGGAUCAAGCCGGCACCUCAGCAGCAGGAGCACAGACAGCCAAAACUCUUUUGCCAGCUGCAAGCUCACGCAGACGUUCUGUGUGUCAGACUUCUCCACCUCUGAUCCCACCACAGAAUUUGACCGAAUGCACACUUCAGUGAGGACUCCCACCUCAGACAAUGACCUCGAUUUGGCGGAGGAUCGCCAACAGAUCUCCAGUGUACGAGAACGAAAGGCUGCACGCAUUCUUGGCCUAAUUUUAAGUGCAUUCAUUUUGUCUUGGUUGCCAUUUUUCAUUAAGGAGCUCAUAGUGGGUGUUGGAUUUUUUACUGUAUCUGCAGAACUGGCUCACUUCUUGACAUGGCUUGGUUAUGUGAAUUCUUUGAUAAAUCCUCUGCUGUACACUAGUUUCAAUGAAGAUUUUAAACUUGCGUUUAAAAAGCUCAUUAAGUGUUGGGAACACUCUUAAAACAGCUCUGGAAACUGAUAGUGUGACUUAUUGGCCUUAAAA